AAUGUCCAAGUGGCAAUUUGAAAUUCACUUGCAGUUCACGCACGCUACGCUUGGCUAUCAAAGAGCAGCGGCAUAGUCGCACAAUUCAAUUAAACAACAAUAAAAACGAAAACCAAAAGUCAACAACAAAAUGCGCUCCUCACCCUACGCCUAUCACACCGCCAACGAUAUGAGCGAAGAUGAGAGCAACAAUGAAGCGCUCGACUAUCGCAUGGCGGCCGCCGUGAGCUCGAAUCAACAUCAACAGCAACAAGAAAUGGAGCUAAAAUUGAAAGACAUACCAGAGAAAUAUUUGAUGGUUAUUGCCCAUUUCCUGGCUGGUGAUUUCAACGACACCGAGGCGAUGGACCAUGUUAAUGGGCCCAUUUUGAAAGCGAGCAUUAAAUCUGUCUAUUGGAUAUUCCUCAUACAGUACGCAGCGCUGGCGUUGAUCGGCAUUGCAAUGAACGUGGCCAUUAUAGCGUAUGUGAUGUACCAUCGCCUCUACAAAGAUGUGACGCACGCGUUCAUUGUUAAUUUGGCUUUGUGCCAUUUUGUGCAGUGUGCGCUGGUGUUGCCCAUAACGCUGAUGGUGAUGCUCAUACAAAAUUGGAUUUUCGGCCAAUUUUUAUGCUUCUUUCUGCCGAUGCUGCAGGAUAUACCGCUGCAUGUGGCCAUGAUAUCGCACAUUCUCAUCGCUUGGGACCGCAUGCGUUGGCUGAGUGAUCCAUUACAGGGCCGGCUGCCUGCAUUUGUUUGUUGCUGUGCAACUUGGCUGACUGGCAUGGUGAUUGCGUUGCCUUAUCCCAUCUAUACAAUCUAUGUGGAAUUGGGGUUAAGCAAUAAAUGCGUAAGGCAUACUAUCUGUAAGUCUUAUAUUGUUGGUACAAGUGCUGAAAAUAUUGUGGUUACAAAGCGCCAGAGUAUCGAUGAAUUGCGUGAUUUGGAAAAUAGCGAUGAAACCGUAUUCAAAA